GCCCGCCGAUAGCAUGCAGCAGCAACGUACGCGUUCCUUGCCCUUCGAGGUUCUAUUUCUUCAUCCUUCCAAACCCUUAUCGGUUUCCGUUCCUGUUUUGAGCAGCAAUAACCAAUUACAUCACCAUGGCAAAGAAGGGAAACGUUUUGGUUGUGUCGAACAGACUCCCCGUAACGAUCAAACGGUCUGCGGGCGGUGAGUACCAGUACACCAUGUCGUCUGGGGGCCUUGUCACCGCCUUACAGGGUCUCAAAAAGUCCACUUCGUUUCAGUGGUUCGGAUGGCCGGGGCUUGAGAUCCCGGACGGCGAAAAAGACCGAGUUGCGGGCGAUUUAGAGGAAAAAUUCAAGUGCAUCCCCAUCUACUUGCUGGACGACUUGGCCGACCUCCACUACAACGGAUUUUCCAACUCCAUUCUCUGGCCGUUGUUCCACUACCACCCGGGCGAGAUGAACUUUGACGAACAGUCCUGGGCCGCUUACAUCGAGGCGAACCACAAAUUCGCCCAGGCCAUCUUUGACAAGAUUGCCGAUAACGACAUGGUGUGGAUCCACGACUACCACUUGAUGCUUGUGCCGAAGAUCUUGAAGGAUAUGAUCGCUGCCAAAGGCUUGAAGAACGUGAGACUCGGAUUCUUCCUCCACACCCCGUUCCCAUCCUCGGAAAUCUACAGAAUCUUGCCCGUCAGAAGGGAAAUCCUCGAGGGUGUCAUCUCCUGCGACCUCAUUGGGUUCCACACCUAUGACUACGCCAGACAUUUCCUCUCCUCUGUGAAUCGUAUCUUGGACCUGGACACUGUCACCACCACCCCGAAUGGAAUUCAGUUGCGCAACGGCCACCAGGCCACCGUCGGUGCCUUCCCUAUUGGUAUUGACGUAGACAACUUCACACUGGGCUUGCAAAAGCAGGCGGUUAAAGACCGCAUCGAACAGCUCGGCCAUCGGUUUGGAAAAGAUACCAAGCUUAUUGUCGGGGUCGACAGAUUGGACUACAUCAAGGGUGUUCCGCAGAAGUUGCACGCGUUUGAGGUGUUUUUGGAGCAGAACCCGCAGUGGGUCGGGAAGGUUAUUCUUGUCCAGGUGGCUGUGCCGUCCAGAGGUGAUGUUGAAGAGUACCAGUCGCUCAGGGCCACCGUUAAUGAGCUUGUGGGGCGGAUCAACGGCCGUUUUGGGACCGUGGAGUUUACUCCGAUCCACUACUUGCACAAGUCCAUUCCUUUUGACGAGAUGAUCAGUUUGUAUGCGAUUGGUGAUGUGUGUCUUGUGUCAUCGACCAGAGACGGGAUGAACUUGGUUUCAUACGAAUACAUUGCAUGCCAGUCGCAGAAGAAGGGAUCUUUGAUCUUAUCGGAGUUUGCUGGUGCCGCGCAGUCCUUGAACGGGGCGAUUAUUGUCAAUCCGUGGAAUAUCGAGGAGUUGGCUGCUUCGCUUCAGGAGGCCUUGACGUUGCCAGUGGAGAAGAGAGAGGCUAACUGGCUGAAGUUGUUUGCGUAUGUUUCGAAGUACACCUCUGGCUACUGGGGUGAGAAUUUUGUCGAAGAGUUGUAUAAGAUUAGUGCUGGAGCAAAAGAGUAGACUUAGAUUUCAGUCACAAUUAGUUUAUAUCCAGCAGAGCAUCCAAGAAUAAACUUUUGUUUGAACAUUCUCUACGGGAAAGGAGGCUAGGUAUGGGCAACUAGCCUGGUUAUUUUUGUAGGGCAUUCUUUUUUCAGAUUUUGGGGUGUCAUCUGAAGGAGCUAGUAUUGGUACCU